GGAUUUAGUGGAGUGUCGGAUGCAACAUAGAUCACACCACCUCCCUCUCCCGCCAAGUUCCCGUUACCUCCAUUUUAUAAUAUUAUUCUCCCUCCUUCCUAGGGUUUCCAAUUUCCCAAUGUCGCAGACCCUUUUCAACAAGGGAGACCAAGUGGAAGUCACAAGGCCAGGCCAUGGCUCCACUGGGCCCUACUACCCAGCCAUGGUGCUCCGUCCUGUAUUUAAGGACAAGGCGCACAUGUUGGUCCAGCACCAAACGCUAACCAACCCCAACGCCGACGGCUCAAAAACCCUAAUCGAGAUUGUCGAAUUGCGCAAUGCCAGGCUAGUGCCGCCCAGAGAGCUCUACCAGUUCUUUAAAGUCGGUGACGACGUCGACGCCUACAGAGAUAAAGGGUGGUCUCGCGGGACUGUCAGGGAUAUUUUGGAGAAUUCCAAGUACUUGGUUGCGUUCCAGGGUCAAGAAUUUCAGUGUCAGCAGUUUAAUUUGAGGCUGCAUAGAGAGUGGGAAGAUGACUCUUGGGUCCCUCAUUUUCAAGAAGAGAAAACGUCACCGGUGAAGUCCAGAAAGUUGGUAUUGAAACUUAAGUGCAGCAACAGAACAUCGGGGGCAAGCUUCGAAAAUGGGACUGUGGUGGAGGUUAGCAGUGAUGAGGAAGGUUACGAGGGUGCUUGGUACACUGCUAAAAUAAUUGACCAUAUAGGAAGCGACAAGUUUCUGGUGGAAUAUGAGCACCUGGUAACCGAUGAUGGAACAGAGCUCUUGAGAGAAGAAACAUGUGCAAGUUAUAUUAGACCUUGCCCCCCUCGGCUUCCACCAGUUGCUCAGUUCAAAGUGCUCCAGCAAGUCGAUACUUUGUACAAUGAUGGAUGGUGGAAGGGUACCAUUUCCAAAGUUCUAAGUGGCUCAAAGUAUGUUGUCUACUUCAGCUCCACAAAUGAGGAAUUAGAGUUUAAACAUUCCAAUUUGAGGCCUCAUCAGGACUGGAUUAAUGGACGAUGGAUCCAUGGUUACAUGGUCAAUAUAUACGGAUAUGAUCACAAAGAGUUUGCUGACAAAAGGAAAUAGAUAAAUAAGCAAAGGAGGCAUCUCGACUAUGUUGCUUUUUCCAAUAUGUUAAUAAUGUAUAAAGUAGGUUUAGGGCCAGUAACAACUGUUGUAUGAGGAUAUUCUGGAGGGUACGUUAUGCCACUGAAUUUAUCAAAUUUAAUGGUCCUCCAUCAUGAUCACGAAAUUCAUUAUUUGGUUGAAAACCAGCACUAAUUCUUGAAAAUGCAGGAAAAUUCUCGUGAGGCGGUACCUACAUCAGUAAAUUUCAACAGUAGAUGCAUAGCUGAAAGAAACUAUGCCAAAGUUCAGUAGGGCAACAGAGGUAGAGGUCAAUAGUGAUGAAGGUUGUUUUCUUUUACACAUUUCAGGCAUAUUUGAAUCUAUAAUUGAUCUUGUCACAAGUCUUAUGUGCUUGACUGAUUGUAACCCCUGGAUAGUACCAAAGUUCCCCAUUCAGGAUAAUCUCAGUUCAGCAUCAUGUAAUCAUUUCUAGCAGUUUCUUUACAUCAUUUAGGCAUUGUUGUUCU